UGUGCGCCCCUAGCAGAGGCCGUAGGGGUGUCCCGUCGUACCCAGGCUGGCUCCAGAGCAGGUGCCAAGAAGGGAGCACCUGAGUCUUUUGUGUCUACCCACGAGCUGUAACUCCCUGAAGCUCUUUCCUUCCCCCUCAAAGACAGCACCAAUGCACCCUCCUCCCUCAUCUGCACCCCGACCAGGAGCCCGUGUCUUUUGCCAUGGUACAGAACAGAUAUGCCUGUCACCCUGCAUCCUCUAUUUCUUGUCAGUCGCUGGCCAAGACCCAUUGCACAAUGAGGAGCAGCCCAUAGUAGCAGGCUCAGUGGCCCAGCCUCGGCCCCUGGAGCCUGAGGAGCAGAGAGCCGGGGGCAGGCCCCGGCGCCGAAGGGACCUGGGCAGCCGCCUGCAGGCCCAGCGUCGAGCCCAGCGUGUCGCCUGGGCAGAGGUGGAGGAGAAUGAGGAGGAGGUCAUCAUCCCAGCCCAGGAGGAAGAAAGUAUUGAGAAGCCGGUGGAAAGUCACCUGUCAGGGAAAAUCGGAGCUAAGAAACUACGGAAACUAGAGGAGAAACAGGCGCGAAAAGCCCAGCGUGAGGCAGAGGAGGCUGAGCGUGAGGAGCGGAAACGCCUUGAGUCCCAGCGUGAGGCAGAGUGGAAGAAAGAGGAGGAGCGGCUUCGUCUGGAGGAGGAACAAAAGGAGGAGGAAGAGAGGAAGGCCCGGGAGGAGCAGGCCCAGCGAGAGCAUGAAGAGUACCUGAAACUGAAAGAAGCCUUCGUGGUGGAGGAGGAAGGUGUGGGCGACACCAUGACUGAAGAACAGUCCAACAGCUUCCUGACUGAAUUCAUCAACUACAUUAAGCAGUCCAAGGUCGUGCUCUUGGAAGACCUGGCUUCCCAGGUGGGCCUGCGGACGCAGGAUACCAUAAACCGCAUCCAGGAUCUGCUGGCUGAGGGGACUCUGACAGGUGUGAUUGACGACCGGGGCAAGUUCAUCUACAUAACUCCCGAGGAACUGGCUGCUGUGGCUAACUUCAUCCGACAGCGGGGCCGGGUGUCCAUCACUGAGCUUGCCCAGGCCAGCAACUCCCUCAUCUCCUGGGGCCAGGAGCCUUCUCUCCAGUCCCCCGCCUGAUCUAGCCCUUCCCUUUUGGACUGGGAGCUAGCACAGCCUACCUGGCCAUACAUCUUGAUCCCUCCCCACCACCCUGGGGGAGAGAUGGAAUGUGGCCAGGCAGUUCUAGAUUAAAGCCCUGUGAGCAUUGCUGAGCUUGGUGUGGCUUGGUGUGACAGAAGACCUGGCCUGGGAUCCCAGAUGAUCAACUAAAGUCUAGUGCUCAGAAUAUUUCUGGGGGAUGGGUGGGAGAAGCCCUGUGGAAGCAGAUGAAAGUUCCAUUCUUAUGUGUUCAUUUAUUUAAAAAGAAUAUUGAGUGUUUACUGUGUUUCUUUGUAUCCUACAAAGAUGAAUUCUUUCUCUUCCUUACCCAUGUCCCAGAGCAAACCUUAGGACAUCUCCCCUAACUGGCAAGGGAGGUCUCACUUUUGUUUAUAUGGAUGGUUUUAGGAGCCCCACAGAGGGCUGAGAGCCCUUAAAGAGGAGAGGGAAGUGCCAAGGUAGAGUCCUAAGCAUCUUUGAGAAGGAGAGAGGGGUGGUCAGGGAGGGACAGAGGCUGGGCAGGUGGAAGGAAGCGAGGAACCUGCUUGAGCUGAAUUCUGCAGUAGAGAGAUGCACUUCCUAUGGUCCAUCACGUGAAUUUAGCUCUCCAUCCUGGACAGAAAGUUUAAACGGUGCGGGUGAUUCCACCCACUGGUGGAUGUAAGGACCAUAUGCUCAGGAGUGGGUAUGAGAUGGGAGAUGUGUAACUCCUGUAGGGUCAGUCACUCUAGUUCCUGUGGGCUCUUGGUGGUGUGAGCAUCCUGCUGUGCUGAGGGUGAGGCAUGAGUUUAAAUGUGUAUUUUUCUACAAGGUACCCCUUAAACAUAAACCACCCACUUCUGAUGCCUGGUAGGGGAGGCAGCUUUCUGUUCCCACCGUGGAAGACACUGCCUAUAGAUGGUGAUGGAGACAGGACAUCAGGCUGUAGGGUAGAGCCUUCCUGAGUGCUAUCAAGGAUGAUUUUGAUUUACUUGGUGCUAUAGACACUAACUAUAGUACUUAAAAUUCCAAGUGAGACAUGACUGCUGCUUCUGUCAGCAACAGGCAUUUGGAGUCACCUGGAGCUGGAAAGAGCCACGUGCAUUGUUUGGAAAGCCAUCUGGGAGCCCAUAAUCCAGUAGGAGAGGGAAGAAACAGGUAAAGGUACUGAUAGUAUGAGAAAGAAACAAAAUUAUAAAGGGAAAAGAAGGCUUACAGUUUAAGUGAUGUUUCUCAACCCUGGUUGCUCAUUAGAAGCCCCUGAGAGGUGGUGAGAAGCCCCUGGGGAAUUGUCAAAUUGUCAACAGUCUCAUGCCAGGCUGCAUCCUAGACCAGUGGAAUCAGAAUCUUGGGGGGUAAGACCCAGGAGGCAUCAGUCGGAGAUUCCAGUGUGUGCCUAAGUUGAGAAGGCAGUGGGGGUGGAGUGGAGAGACAGGCCAUCAAGUUACAAGUAAUUAAAAUCCCCACUGGAAAGGGAUUCUCCCAAAACAAGACAGCAGAUCCAGGUCUCCUUCUCCUUCCGUUGUCCUCAGCCACUGCCACCUCCAGUGGCAGGAGGACUGUAGCACUCCCACCUCCUCAUUCCACAGGCCAGAAGGGAGGAAAAGGCACAUCCCUUUCUCAUGUCCUGGAAGCAUUCUAAAACCCUUUGUAUCCCAAGGGCAUGGUGGGGGUGAGGGGGAACCUAUGACCCUUGUGCAUUUUUUAGUGAUCUGUCCACUAAUCUAAUAAAUUUCUCAAAUAAGCAGUUCUUGAAAUAGUGAUUAACAUUUUUCUAAGUUUGUAUAUAUUAUUCUCAAUAAAUGAAAACUUUUGGGUUUAA